AGUUUUUGUAUUAUAAAGUAGUGGCAUGUAAAGAUAAUAAACAAGCCGUAAAAGCUGAGAGAAAAAGAGGUAUAAAGUUUAUUUCUGUAACCGGGAGGAACAAAGGGUAAAGCGGAGCUUCAAGCAGCAAUGAAGCUGAAUAUAGAUGGGUUACUGGUAUACUUUCCCUAUGAGUACAUCUAUCCCGAACAGUACUCCUACAUGUUGGAGCUCAAGAGGACCCUGGAUGCCAAAGGUCACGGUGUUCUGGAGAUGCCGUCUGGGACUGGGAAAACAGUUUCUCUCCUGUCGCUUAUUGUGGCCUACCAAAGGGCUUACCCGUUGGAAGUCACUAAGUUAAUAUACUGCUCCAGAACUGUUCCUGAAAUAGAGAAGGUGGUGGAGGAGUUAAGAAAGCUAAUUGAAUACACUCAAGCACAGACUGGAGGCACACUCAAUUUUAUGGCUUUGGCUCUGAGCUCCAGACGUAAUCUUUGUGUUAAUCCAGAGGUCAGUGCUUUGCGAUUUGGCAAAGAGAUAGAUGGUCGUUGUCACAGUUUGACAGCUUCCUUUGUCCGUUCCCAGAAGCAGAGAGACCCAACUGUACAAACCUGUCGUUUUUUUGAGGAAUUUGAUGCAAUUGGACGUGAGACCCCCCUUCCUCCUGGUAUCUACAAUCUGGAUGACCUUAGGACUUUGGGUAGACAAAAAGGCUGGUGUCCUUAUUACCUUGCCCGACAUGCUCUCGGACAGUGCAAUGUGGUUGUGUACAGCUAUCACUACUUACUGGAUCCCAAAAUAGCUGACCUUGUCUCUCGUGAACUUUCCAAGAAAUCUGUUGUUGUCUUUGAUGAAGCUCAUAAUAUUGAUAAUGUCUGCAUUGACUCUAUGAGUGUCACCAUCACACGCAGAACCCUGGAGCGCUGUCAGACAAACAUUGAAACUCUCAACACGGCAAUAGAAAAAAUAAAAGAAACAGAUGAAAAGAAGCUGAAGGAGGAGUACGCUCAACUGGUGGAGGGAUUGCGGGAGGCCAGUGUUGCAAGGGAGACUGAUGUGUACCUGUCCAACCCUGUCUUACCUGAUGAAAUUCUGCAAGAGGCUGUGCCAGGCUGCAUCCGUAAUGCUCUCCACUUCCUGGGUUUUUUACGACGAUUAGUGGGCUACAUCAAAUCACGUCUACGUGCAGGCCAUGUAACACAAGAGGGCCCUGCUGCCUUUCUUCGUGACCUUUAUGAGAAAGUCUGCAUCGAAAGGAAGCCAAUGCGGUUCUGUGCAGAACGGUUGCGUUCCCUCACACGCACUCUUGAGAUAGCUGACAUUACAGACCUCUCUCCUCUUACCCUCAUAACCAACUUUGCUACCCUUGUCAGCACAUAUACUAAAGGUUUUAUGAUAAUUAUUGAACCAUUCGAGGACAGAACACCAUCUAUAAGUAAUCCUGUGCUGCACUUCAGCUGUCUAGAUUCUUCCCUUGCAAUUAAACCUGUAUUCCAGAGAUUUCAGUCUGUCAUCAUCACGUCUGGGACCCUCUCUCCUUUGGAUAUCUACCCCAAAAUUUUGGAUUUUCGCCCUGUUACUAUGGCAACAUUCACAAUGACCUUGGCCCGUGUUUGUCUUUGUCCUAUGGUCGUGGGCCGUGGGAAUGAUCAAGUGGCAAUGAGUUCAAAGUUUGAAACAAGGGAAGAUCUAGCUGUGAUGAGGAAUUAUGGGAACCUUUUGCUUGAAAUGUCUGCUGUGGUCCCAGAUGGAAUAGUAGGAUUUUUUACCAGUUACCUAUACAUGGAGAACAUUGUGGCUUCAUGGUAUGAGCAGGGAAUAUUGGAAAACAUUCAGAGGAACAAAUUGAUCUUCAUUGAAACACAAGAUGGAGCAGAGACUAGUGUUGCCUUAGAAAAAUAUCAAGAGGCUUGUGAAAAUGGAAGGGGAGCUAUCCUGUUAUCUGUUGCACGAGGAAAAGUAUCAGAGGGCAUUGAUUUUGUGCAUCACUAUGGCCGAGCUGUAAUAAUGUUUGGUGUUCCAUAUGUAUAUACACAGAGCCGUAUACUGAAGGCUCGUCUGCAGUUCCUGCGGGAUCAGUUCCAUUUGCGUGAGAAUGAUUUUCUGACAUUUGAUGCUAUGAGGCAUGCAGCUCAGUGUGUAGGACGUGCUAUCCGUGGUAAAACUGACUAUGGAAUAAUGCUGUUUGCUGACAAGCGGUAUGCACGUUCUGAUAAGAGAGGAAAGCUGCCACUCUGGAUUCAAGAACACCUUACAGAUGCAAACUUAAAUCUUACACUGGAUGAAAGUGUACAUCUAGCCCGACACUUCCUAAGACAAAUGGCUCAACCAUUCCGCAGGGAGGACCAGCUGGGACUGUCACUUCUUACACUUGAGCAAUUGCAGUCUGAAGAGAUGCUACAGAAGAUACAAGAGAUUGCUCAUCAGGUGUGAGAGGCACAGAAAGAGUGCUUCCAACCUUCACAGACUGCUAAAUCUGUACCACUUAGCAAGUGAUCUGAUGACAGCCAGACAGUGACAUGUGAGUGUUCAGAACAGGCAUUUUUGUGUUACUCUCAGAGAGGCUGUCUGAGGAUGCUGAGAAUGUUCACCAGCCAAACUGAUUUUCACCUAUUACAGGUUUGCAAAUAAGUGACCAUGUAAAACAUAUAACAGUUGUAAUAUAAUACAGAUUGAAGACAUUCACACUUUAGAUAUAUAACAGCUUGUGCUGCUUUGUGUUUGUCCUGAAUUUUCUAUUUUUAUGUAUGCCCAGAAUAUAUAAAAAAUGUGCAAAGUCAGAAUGACAUCAUUAAACAGUGUGUGUUUUAACAUACUCCAAUAAAGGCUCUGUACAUUACAGAAAUGCUGAAAA